GCCGGGGCGUAAAGAGCGGAGCCGCCAGACUGCGCUGCAGCGGGGGCGAGCCGGUGCGGGCGGGUAGCCGCAGCUAUGGAGGGGAGAGAAGAUGCCGAGGGCAGCUGCGAUGUAGCUUUUGCUGAAGCUCAGAGAUGGGUGGAGGCAGUCACCGGGAAAAGUUUUGGAACCAAAGAUUUUCGAGCCGCUUUAGAAAAUGGAGUCUUAUUGUGCGAUUUGAUUAACAAGAUCAAACCUGGCAUCAUUAAGAAGAUCAAUCGUCUGUCUACUCCAAUAGCUGGUUUGGAUAAUAUAAAUGUUUUUCUGAAAGCUUGUGAAAAUAUUGGAUUGAAAGAAGCUCAGCUUUUUCAUCCUGGUGAUCUUCAGGAUUUGUCCAGUCGAGUUACUGUCAAGCAAGAGGAGACCAAUAGAAGACUCAAAAACGUUUUGAUUACAUUAUACUGGCUGGGGAGGAAAGCACAAAACAAGUCUAGUUACAAUGGUCCACACCUUAACCUUAAAGCAUUUGAGAAAUUACUAGGACAAGCUCUCACCAGGGCCCUCGAAGAAUCUAGCAGUCUGAAAAGCAGUGGCAGGGACAGUGGGUACGGUGAUAUUUGGUACAUUGACCGUGGAGAAGCAUUUUCACCUUCCACUAGCCAUAAAAGAGACGAUUCUUUCGAUAGCCUGGACUCCUUUGGUUCAAGAUCCUCCACAAGCUUUUCAUCAGAUAUAACCUUGAAGGGUAGCAGUGAAGCUUGUGAAAGUGACACGGACUCUGAACUGCCUUACAAAAUGCAUGAUUCUGGCAAAGAUAACAUGUCAUAUCGCAGGAUUGCUGUGGUUGAACCAAAACCUACUACAGAGUUCAAUCGGUUCUUACCUAGCAAAAGUAAACAGCCAUCAUAUAUGCCAGCACCACUCAGGAAAAAAAGGACAGAGAAGAAUGAGGACAACAGAAGAAGCUGGGCAAGUCCUGUCUUCACUGAGCCAGAUGGAACAUUUUCAAGUGAACGAGGAAAGAAUCCUUUAGCUUCCUGUCAGAAUAGCAGAGCAGAAUGUGGGUUUACAAAUCCAGCUUCCGUGCAGAUGAUCCAUGAGUAUGAAAGUGGCUCUGAUUCAGAAGAUGAAAGAAGACUGCCUGACGUGGUUAUGGAUGAUUUAGCAAAACGUAGAUUCUUAAUAAAAAAGAGCUCUGUGAGUUCCGCUGCACCUGGACAUCUUUACAUCUUGCACAAGGACUCUCCUAAAUCUUGUUUGCAACAAAAUUAUCCAGCUGGUCCAUUAGCUGCUGUGCUUGAACCGAUGAGUAACCAGAGGAAGCAGAGGCAUUUGGACCCUAAAGAGGAAAGCAAGCGAAAAGUUAACAUUUCUUCAAAAUUCUCCGGCUAUUCUGAUGAUGAGGAAGAAAAGGCAGUAGGCAUCCCAAACAUUGAAAAAGAUGAUCUCUAUGUUCGCAAACUAAAUUCUGCAGUUUCAAACCCAGUGGUUUCUUUUGACAAGUUUCUACCUAAGUUUUGGACUCCAGAAGAAGAAUUGCAUUGGAAGAACAUCAAAAAAGGAUACUCUUCCAAACCAUGGUAUAAGGAGCUUCAGGGAUUCAGAAUGAAGUCAAAGUCUGAGUCUGAGGAUGAAGAUUCAGUCAAUAAACAAAGCAAUGCCAAACCGACUGCUGAUUAUGUGGGGAAAUCAUUGUCCCAAAUUGCAGAAGGGGGAAUCACAUAUGCCUCUGAUCAACCCAGUCAGUUUUCAUUACUUCAGACCCUCCAAAAAUAUUCUGAUGACUACUUGUCUUCUGAAAUGAAGACCAAAAUUGAUCCUACUUCUGGCCCUAGGGUCAUAACAUGCAGAAAGAAUAUUUUUUUUACACCAGGAUGCAACCAGAGGGAAACUAUGAAUGGAGACCUAUAUCCAGACUUGGAAAAUGAUGAUUUGUUUGUUCGGAAGACUGGGGCUUUCCACAUGAAUCCAAUUGCUCUCCAAGCUUUUGAAUACUUUAGAAAAUCCUCUGAGCAAGAACCUCUUCUAGAGGGUGAAAUAAUUCUGCAACCCAGAGAAGGCCAACCUGUUAUUCCAGACUUAGAAAAAGAUGACAUGACUGUUCGUAAAGUGCAAACACAGAAAAAAGGGGUGCCUUUAUCAGGUGCUCCAGACAAAUACCAUCCUGCACUCUUUCCUGAUCCUUGGAGCCUCCCACCAGAAAUCCAAUCCAAAUUUCUUUGUUUACUUGACAAGACUAUCACAACAGAAGAUGAAAAAAAUGGUGGUAGAGUCUUAUCACCCUCUUUGCAGCAGAAGAAGGAUGAUAUGCUGACUCGCAAGAUUGAGUCUUGGAAAGUAGGAAGUGUUCCGCAGCCAGUCAGUUUUACUCCAGGUCCAUGCAGCGAAGAAGACUGGAAAAAAUGGGAGGCUAUCAGAGAGGCCAGCAAAGUUAGACACAAGAAACGCCAGAUGGUUGAGAGACUGUUUCAAAAGCUUUCUGAUGAGGAUGGGAGCAAGUCUUUGAAUGAUGUCAGUAUAGACGAGCCCCAGGUGCUGCGCCAGGUUCGUUAUGAAGAGCUGCAGAAAAUAAAAUCCAAGCUACAGGAACAAGAUCAACAGUGGCAAGAUGAUCUAGCAAAAUGGAAAAAUCGUCGAAAAAGUUUCACUUCAGAUUUGCAAAAGAAAAAAGAAGAGAGAGAAGAAAUCGAAAGGAGAGCCUCUGAGAAUUCUGAAAGAAAUAGCAAGUCACUGAAAGAAAUGCAGCAGGACAGGGAGAACAGAGAUCAAGGAUCCUACUGGGACAUCCAGCAAAAAAGUGAAUGGAGGCGAAUGCAUUCAUCAGAUGAUGUAUUUAGUGAAGAAAAACCCCCUUCCAGCUCAUCAGUAGCAAAAGAUUACCUUGUUGAAGAAGAUGCCUCUUACAGCUUUAAGAAGAAUGAAGAAUCAUAUGGUGCACAAACUAACGAAGAGAAUUUUCAAAAGCCAGAGAUCUAUGCAACAGUUGAAACUCAAAUUCCAUCUAAAAGCCUAUUAGCAGAACAGAGCUCAGUCCCUUUGUCUACUCACCCUUCGGUGAAUGCACAAAUGGGGUCAGCUCGAGUUUCAGCUUCUCUCCCCAGAAAUUACCAGAAAACUGAUACCUUUAGGUUAACAUCUGUGGUUACACCAAGACCUUUUGGUGUCCCCUCAAGAGGAAUCUCAUCACUUCCCAGAUCAUUUACGCUGGACGAUGCCCAGAAAUAUAAUGGAGAAGUAGAUGGAGCCAAGAGAUCUCAAAGUUUGCUCACCAGCUAUUCAUUUUCAACACUGGAAGCAGGACCACUUCUCUCUGCAGAUGCAAUGACAAGUGGUGGCAAGGAGGAAAAGGAAAGCAUUAAAAUAACAGAGUCUCCUACAUUGAGAGCCUCCGCUACAUCCCAAUACCAGGAUGCAGUGUCCCCUGGUCUUAAAUCAGACUAUUAUUCUCAUCCUGACCCUAUUACAGUUGCAUCUUCUGCAGAAAUAAGAAGCCUGCCAGAGCCAGAGGUUUCAGUGUCACAGGACCUGUGCAGUGAAAUGAGAAUCAGUAUAAACCAGAGACCUGGUAACAGUCGCAACUUUGGGUUCACCACAAAUUGGAAACCUUCUGGUGUUUUUAUACAAACAAUUGAAGAAGGUAGCACUGCAGACCUUGGCCAGCUGCAAGUAGAUGAUGAAAUCAUUGCUGUUGAUGGCACAAGAGUUUCACAAAUGGACCAUAAUCAGUGGGAGAAAGCCAUGGCCAAUGCACUAGAAACUGGAAACCUGGUCAUGGAUGUCAGACGAUAUGGAAAAAAUGAUUGGGGCAAAGACCAGCCUUCCCUGCCAUAUGUAAGGCAUAAAAUCCUCAAUCUCACCAGUAUGGCUACCAACAUUGUAGGUACACCUGAAAAUAAAUGGAUUGAUGCAACUUCUGGAGAUCAGAAUUCUACGAACUCCUCUUCAAACAUAUCAGCCAAAAGAGAUUUCUCCUACAGCCUUCAAAAUUCUGAUCCUGGAGCAAAAGUGAUAAAUGGAAUGGAAGCAGAUCUGAGCUCUAAUGAACAAAAAGAAUCUGAAUCUAUUUCUUUGAAAAACUUAAAAAGGCGGUCACAAUUUUUUGAACAAGGAGGCUCAGAGCCUGCAGUGUCUGAUCUCCAAGUUCCAUCUGUUAAUGCUCCUAGUCGCUGGACUUGGGACCAAGAAGAAGAGAGAAAACGACAGGAAAAAUGGCAGAAAGAACAGGAACGUUUACUUCAGGAGAAAUACAGACGUGAACAGGAGAAAUUGCGUGAAGAAUGGCUACAAGCUCAGCAAGAAGCAGAAAGAGAGAGUUCCAAAUAUUUAGAUGAGGAGCCGACUGCCCUAACCUUAAACACAGUAUCGGUAACUGCACAUGCACCACCUGUUUCUAACUGGAGAACAAACAUGGGAGAAGACACUGAUGCUCCUGAAGGAGGCAGAAGACAUGAAUGGGGCGAACAGCAGCAGAAUGAGCAAGAGAAGGAAAUGGAAAGGCAGAGACUUCAGGAGGAAAAAGCCCUGUAUUUGGAGCAAAAAAGGAAAGCCCAAGAACUAGAGCUUGAAAGAGAGUGGAAAGCAAAGGAACAACAGUAUGCCGAGGAGCAGAAGCGGCGCAUGGAAAAAGAAAGGGAGAUACCAGUGCAGAUGCCCCAAUACCGAAGACAUUAUGACCAUUAUGAAGUAUCUCAAAACUUUGAAGAUCCAUCUGGACACUUUCUUGCUGACAAAAAUAAAUCCAGAUCAACAUCAGAACUGGAUGAUUGCCCCAGAAAUGGUACAAACAACAAAUAUUUGGAAAGGUCCUGGAACGUCAGUGAUUCACAGAAGGGGUCUCAGAAAGAGCGUGUCCUGUCUUCAGCAGAAAUAGAGAGACAACAUAUUCUUCAGGAAAUGAGGAAAAAAACGUCACUAAAUACUGACAACAGCUGGAUUAGGCAGCGUAGUUCUAGUGUGCAUAAGGACCCUGUUAAUCUACACAAGAAUACAAUGAAGAGAGGUGAAUCAUUAGAUAAUCUUGACUCCGCAAGAACAAGUUCAUGGAGACGUUCACCUUGGACGAAUCAAUCUUCCUUUUCCACAUCAUCUAGUCAAGAUUUUGGUCGCUCUGCUGCUCCACUAGUGUCUACUUCGAAUCGAGCUUACAUGCGUACCCCCUCCUCCAGUGUAGCACCUCCUUCAGCCAGCUCUGGAAGAUCAGCCACUUCUUCCCACGCUUUCCCCUCAGCACCUUCUUCUGUACCGCGUGCUCAGUCUCCUACCUCUGCUUCCCAAUCAGGAGCCCAGCAGCGGAACAAGUCAGUCAGUGGGAAGAAAAUAUGUUCAUACUGUAAUAACGUUCUGGGCAAAGGAGCAGCCAUGAUCAUCGAAUCUCUUGGUCUUUGUUAUCAUUUACGUUGUUUUAAGUGCGCAGCUUGUGCAUGUGACCUUGGAGGCUCACACUCAGGAGCUGAAGUCAGGAUCCGAAACAAUGAACUCUUCUGCAAUGACUGCUAUGUCAGAUUUAAAACUGGACAGCCAACCACCAUGUGAAGCAACCAUAAAUAUAAAACCAUUGUUGCAGAUAGAAGAGGAGGUGGUUGCUGGUGAUGUAGAUUUAUAAAUAUGUAUUUUGUUUGUGUUUUUUAAGGGUAACCUUUUUGCCUGUCUAGAUUAUGUAGAAGAUGCAUUGUAUCUUUCAUUCAACUUUAGUUAUUUAUGAGAAUGUAAUCACAAGGAGGAAAUCUCUUGGGGUAGGGGGGGAACACAUUCACUUUUUGAGUUUAAUAUACUAAAAAGCACAAGGGAGAACAAACAUUUAUCAGUAAUAACUUCAAAACAUCUUUGAGGCUGAUAAUCAACUAGCAGAGUUUCGAAUGGUAUAUGAAGAGGGUAUUUUGUUUGUUCUUAAAUGAGCACUAUUGAAAUAGUUAAUAUAAAUAUGUAUUUGUAAUUGCUGUCUUAUUACUGACAUAUGCUGCGAAGUGAAUUCUCUAGAAUAAUAUGAAGCUGCAUUAAAAUGUACACCAAAAUGUUUGCUUUCUGUAUUCUGGUUUCUAAAACUGUUUACUAUUUGCUUUUUGAAAAUAAAAUACAAAGUAUAGUCUGUUUGUUUGCUCAGUGGUGGUGGCAUAAUGUUCUGCAUAAGAACAAUGGAACCAGUUUGGAAGAAAGGGCUCUCUCUCUUCUUUAUUAUUGAAAAAUAUAACUAUCAUUUUCCCCUCAAACAAGUUAAUCCAGAAAGUGGAGAACUUUUUGUUGAAUUCCAGUAUAUUUGUAAAUAAAUGUUCUGAUGCUGCAUUUAA